GAGUCAGUGAAGCCAGACAGUCGAUGUAUUGAAGUAUGAUCUGUGAAUCGAAAAGCCACGAGCUGCAACGUGCUUGGAACUUCACUCAUGAUUAAUGUCAACGAUCACCCGACAUUUCAUAUCGACUGGACUGGAUUUCUGUCAUGGAUUCCACGAAACCCGUCUUCGGACGGCAUAAGUUGAGAACCUGAGACCAAAAUCCUCAAAAGCACAACACUGAAGCCAUCUUGAAUAAUUGCCAGAUUUAAGGCCGAAUGUUUUAUCACGUUAGAUUGAGAAGGUUGGCCAGUGCGAUGUGGCUCGUAAUCCAGCCUCCGACAGCUUCCCAAUGCAUGACUCUCUGUCCGUCAGCAUUUCUUGAAGCCUCAUCAAGUAACCAGAUUCAAAUGAAAAUCAGUGAACACCCAAAUAAAUAGCCACAGACGAGAAGGUUCUUUCAGGUUCGAGCUUUGAAUUCAUUCUAGCUGUGAUCGCCAGCACAUAAAAAGAGUCUGCACAAGCUGCUUUGAUUUUCAUUUCACCUGCAGCGCUCGGUAGUCAUGGCUCUCUCGCGUCAUUUGUGUGUUCUCUUGCUACUGGCAGCCGUGACUGCUGAAGCUGCCAAGAUCCAGACUUACAAAGAGAAGGGCUGUUCUGGAGACCUUACGAACACCUUCACGGUCGUGUGUAACUCUUGCCAGACAUUCUCCGACCAAUCCUCCGUGAAAAUCAGCGACGUCCAAGCCAAGAAUCGCAUUUCCAUUCACAAUCGGAAGAACUGUGAAAACUACUCCAAAGUUGCUGAAAUACACGGAGGAGCUUGUGUGAACCAGGGCAAAGCCAAGAUUCGCGCUGUCUACAUUGCGUGCUGAUCCCCCAAUGAUGCCUUUGUCCAUCAGGCACGGCUUCUGGAUCAUGUCGUCGGUGUCUUGAUCCGGGUUCGCUAUCGCCCGAAGUAUUGGCUAAUAUUCAUAGUAGCAAUGCAUUCAUUAAACUGGGAAUAAAUUGUGGACGAAGAUGUAUCUAGAUUAUGAAGUGUGCCGCUUGUGGACGGAUUAUAGUGGGAAACGACUUCUGGAAGUAAAAAUCUUGAAUGAGCCUUGUCGAGUUUGAUAUUACUCGGUCGAGUCUCCGCCUUCUUUAUUAUUCUUACACUAGCUCGCUACCCCAGAAUGUCUGUGGACAUUGGCAAGAUAAAUAUAAGAAAUUACUUUUCAUUGCUUUCAAAAAGCUGAUUGAUCCUGUUGAUCUGGA